AUGUUCUCUGCGGCUACUAGCUUUGACCGGGGUUCUGGAACGAAGAGGAAUUCAGCUGUCGAUACCUCCGGCGUACCAUGGAGUCGCCGUAUCUCCGCGGCGCAAAUGGGCGUAGUUUCAGCCAUAGCUUCAGAGGCAGCGCCAUCAGCCAUGAUCGCGAGGAUCAAGAGGAUGAAUCCGAAGAAGGGGAAGGCGGAAACGACGGAACUGGUGCAGACUGAGGAGAAGGGCGAGACGUCGAAGGAUAGCUGCAGGAGUGGCAGUAUUGGGGAGGAUGCGAUCGAAGUCGUCACGUUUGUUCAACGCAGUUCCGGGUCUUUCGGUGCCGAUUGUAUCCGCCAUCCCCCGCACCCUAGGGCAGCAAGAGUGCUUCCGAUCAGUGUGCCGUUGACGGCUGUUUCCGUAAGUAGCGACGAGACGAGUACGAGUAGCAUGACUGCCGGACGCAAUUAG